AUGCUUGGUUGGAAAUAUAUCAGCCCACUUUUGUGCACCUUGAGCGCUCAAGUUAGUGCAACAAGUGUUUCCGUUCUCUAUCAAUUUCCUUCCGGAACAUGGAUCGAGAAUAUGGCCGUCCGUAGCAACGGCAACAUUCUAGUCGUGCUCUGGUCGGCGCCAGAGGUUUAUGAAAUCAACCCUUUUGUGUUACCAUCCACCGCUCAACUUGUCGCUCGCUCGUCUUAUUCGCUAUGGACUUUUGAUUUGCGCACCUCGAAGCUCUCUGGGAAGGCUGAACUAAGCCGAAUUAUUGCUAGCGUCCCGAACGUCGGUAUUCUCAAUGGCCUUACCAAACUCUCCAACACCAUGCUAUUAGCGAGCGAUACCAAACUCGGUGCUGUUGUCCGGUUUGAUCUCAGAAGCAACUCUUCUGAAGUUGCCAUCAAAGACGAUACCAUGGUUGGACUACCGCUCGAUCUCGGAGCAGGAAUCAAUGGAAUUCGUGCGCGGAACAGCACGAUAUACUACAAUAACUCUAUCAGAGGCAUAUUCUGUCGUCUCGAGGAAGACACGCGCUCGGGUGAUGCCAUCGGCUCCGCCCAUGUCGUGGCCGACGGACUCGGUUUCCUUGAUGACCUGGCUAUCGGCCGUGAUCAGGACGACCCGUCGUACCUGAUGCAGUAUCUUGCAGGAUCAGUCGUCCAGGUCCAGGCCAACGGAAGCUCAGCCGUUGUUGCUGAUGGUCUGGACUUUCCAAGUUCUGCCCAAUUUGGGAGGACAUUGGAGGAUGGCAACCGACUGUACGUUACAAGUACUGGAUUCCCGCCUGGUUUGUAUCUGAAAGGGCUCUUCGCUGGAGGAAAAGUGUACAUGAUAGAUCUUUGAUAGUUGGAUACCGGUAUGGCCUGGUUUGGCUGUCAUUAU